GUCAUAUCUAAAUAUUUGGCACGUUUGUUGCUGUUCCGGUGUUAUUGUGUUGUUAACUGUUCAGUACUAAAGCAGGAUGCCUGGUUCCAGAUUUCAACUUUAUUCUGUUAUUGUGUUUGCUGUUGUUAUUAUUUGCUAUCUGAAUUCCUUGCAAUGUGGAUUUGUAUUUGACGAUGUCUCUGCUAUUAAAGAGAACAAAGACCUGAGACCAAGAACUCCCAUCAUGCACCUCUUUCGAAAUGACUUCUGGGGUACACCCAUGCAUACGGAGAAAAGCCACAAGUCGUACAGGCCGCUGUGUGUGUUGACAUUUCGUAUGAACUACGCAAUGACUGAGCUGGAACCGAUGAGUUACCAUUUAGUUAAUAUGAUAUUACAUGGUGUUGUGUGUAUUAUAUUUAUGGCUAUAUGUAGACUGUUAUUCAGUGAUAUUACAAGUUUUAUUGCUGCCUUGAUGUUUGCUGUGCAUCCCAUACACACUGAAGCAGUGACUGGAGUGGUAGGCAGGGCAGAAUUAUUAUCCUCAAUAUUUCUUUUACUUGCAUUCCUUAACUUUGCAAAAUCCACCGGAAGAAACAAGCCAAUAGGAUGGGCAUCAAUGUUUGUAACUAUGGUGCUUGUUGUCAUAGCAACAUUAUGCAAAGAACAGGGUAUAACUGUAAUUGGUAUUUGUUGUGUAUAUGAAGUUUUUAUUGCACAACAGAUGACAGUGUUUGAGAUUUUACGACUUUUAAAAAGUCUGGUGGCUGGCAAACCUAAAUUUCCUUCUUACUUCAAAAGUGCCUUCGUGCGAUGCAUGUUUAUACUUCUAAGUACCAUAGGUUUGCUGCUUGCAAGAGUGAAAGUUAUGGCAGCUGAACUUCCUGUAUUCACAAAGUUUGACAAUCCUGCAGCCUCUGCACCAUUCCCAGUAAAACAAUUAACAUUACUGUAUCUAUUACCUGUGAAUAUAUGGCUUCUACUAUGCCCGUCUCAACUUUGCUGUGAUUGGACGAUGGGAACUGUACCACUCAUUGAAUCUGUUUUGGAGCCCAGGAAUUUAUCCACUAUAGCGUUUGUUAUUGUCUUGGUGAAGUUGGUUCAUUUUGCGAUCGUUGAUGAGAGUCUUCGAUCUAAACAAGUUAUUAUGUGUCUGUCUUUCCUGGUACUUCCAUUCAUUCCAGCGUCUAAUUUAUUCUUCCCGGUGGGAUUUGUGGUGGCGGAGAGAAUUCUAUACACACCCAGUAUGGGAUUCUGUAUGAUGGUGGCGCUGGGAUUUCAACUUCUCAUUAAACAAAAAAAUACCAAAACUGUCAUGUACGUUGGACUGGCAUUGCUUCUUCUCAGUCACUCUAUUAAGACAGUCAGGAGGAAUUAUGAAUGGGAGUCAGAGUACACUAUAUUUAAAGCUGCUACUGGUGUUGUCAAGACGAACGCUAAACUGUGGAAUAACGUUGGCCAUGCAUUAGAGAAGGAAAGUAAAUGGGACGAGGCGUUGGAGUAUUUCCUACACGCUACACAAGUGCAGCCCGAUGACAUCGGUGCAUGGUUGAAUGUUGGAAGAGCUUAUAGAAAUUUAAAUCAAUCAAGACAAGCGGAGGCUGCCUAUACUGAGGGGAUGAAUCUAAUGCCUGCAGUCAAAGCAGGCAAGAAGUAUACAACACGAAUCGCUCCCAAUCAUUUAAAUGUUUAUCUGAAUUUAGCAAACCUCAUUAAAGACGAGCCAGGACGGUUGAUUGAAGCUGAUAAUUUGUACAAAAAAGCAAUCACAAUGAGACCAGAUUUUGUCCAGGCUUAUAUAAACAGGGGUGAUGUGUUAUUGAAGUUGAACCGUUCUGAUGAUGCAGUUGACAAUUACAUGACGGCUCUUAAAUAUGAAAAAGAUAAUGCUGAUAUCUAUUAUAAUCUCGGUGUAGUAUUAAAACAUUUGAUAAAUUUGGAUUUUGUGAAUGAGAAAGUUUAUUUCAACCUUGGCAUGUUAGCUACAGAUGCCAAAGAGAUUGAUAAUGCUAAAAAAUGGUUUGAUAAAGCCAUUGAGUAUAAAGAAGAUUUUCGAAGUGCCUUGUUCAAUCAAGCGUUGAUGUUGUCGCAGCAAAAACGAGAUAUGGAAAGUUUACCGUACCUUGAAAAACUGCUACAACUUCAUCCCAACCACUCUAAAGGAUUAAUUCUACUUGGUGAUGUCUAUAUGAAUACAUUACAUUCCAUUAAAGAUGCAAAGAAGUGUUACGAGACCAUAUUAGAAAUUGAACCAAAAAAUAUACAAGCAAACCACAAUCUGUGUGUUGUCUAUGUGGAAGAAGGAAAUCUGGCAAAAGCAGAAACAUGUCUGGUUGCAGUCUCUGACAUGGCGCCAAAUGAAGAGUACAUUAAAAAACAUUUGAACAUCGUGAGGGCGAAACGCUAUCAACAAUAUCAACAGCAAAAGCAGGGGAGAGAAGCUGAAAAAGAAAGCCACACGCAGAUAGGAAAAAAUUCCGAAGACAUGCAGUCGAAAAAGACUGGGACACAGCAACAGCGUAAGACCCAACAGCAGUCAACGCAGAAAAAUCAGGAACAGAAAAGUACUGAGAUUCAUCAAAGUAAAACAGUUCAUCAAGAGCAAACCGUAAAGAUGGAAACUCAUCAAACAGAAAAAGUGCAACAAACGCAAAAAGUGCAACAGGAAAGUAGUAUCCAUAAGGAGGAAUCUGUUCAUCAGAAGAGCACUCGGACAGAGAGAGUGCAGCAACAGACUUCUCACCACGAACAACACAAACAGCAAAGCAGCAAACAGAAUCAAAUUAAGGAGAAGCAGAAAACAAAGAAAUGAGAUUCAGCGCUGCUGAAUGUGUAGUUGCGGAAACUGACAUAUCAGAGGACAGAAUCUGUACAGUAUGUACCUGCUUGUGUAUAUUGUAUGAAACUAUUGACACUGGUGAUGGGAUACACACAGACUGAGUAUCAAUUCAUUAUUGUAUCUGAAUACAGUUAAAAACCCAUAACCACAAAGGCAUCCAAACUAAUAUGCCGUUUCAGAAUAUCCUUGUUUUGUUAAAGCGAGUCCCAAGCGACGAUAACAACACACGCUAAAAUCGCAAAGACUCAGGGGUAGACACUUUUAAACAAUGACACGCUAUGGCUAUCUGACACAUGCGCAGGUGAUGACUCUCCCGCUUUAAAUCUAUGCAAUUACCAAGAAUUACUGGACAAAAAUAAGAAGCAACAAAAGUCAAUGCACAUCAUAUGUGAAUGUAAUUGUUUAAAAUUUCCUUAGUUGAAUAAAAUUACAUCAUAAUUAAGGGUA